AUGAUAUUACCUUUGGCUACGAUUUUGGCGAACCUUGUGGGCUCCAGCCAGGGGUUUGGUCCCGUUGCAACUACAUCAAGGACACACAUCAACCUUGCAUCUGGCAUCACAACUUCCAACAAACGAAAAGAUUUUUCGCUGAGAAACGAUAGAUUGCUGGCAGAGCCAAUUGAGCCGCGGGAUGAAUUUGAAGUGAAUUUCAAACAAAACAGCUUUGAGGAAUCCUUUGUCCAGCUUCCACUCGUACAAGAAAAUACCGGUACUGGAACAUUGGAUGCACAAGCACAGACAGAGCUUGUGUUGGACACUAUUGAAAAUACAAAACCAGAGGACAUUGAUAUCGUCUUUGAUGUUGCAGAACAAACCGCAGACAUUUUCCCAGUCGAGAUUACCAUGGAAAAGGCGGAACAGGCGAAGGAACGAACAGAGGAACAAAUGGCUCUUUUGGAUCUAUCUUCCAGCAGUUCGGACAAUGUACUAUCAGGAACCGAGUACGCUGAUUUUAGCAACAGUACCAGUGCCAGUACCAUGUUGAGUGAUGAUGUCAAGGCAGUAUUGGAAGCUUCUGGAGUAGCAGCUGCCGAAGCUGAAGCCUCCAUGUCUCCCGAUUUGGUGGAACAACUCGAAUUUGCGCAAACGUCAAAUUCCACUUCUCGAAUUGCCACUCCAUUGGUUGUCGAUGAGAUUCCAGAGAUUCUCCCAGCUUCUUCUGUAGUUGGUGAGGCGGUGACGACCACUACCAAGAUUGAAUCGCCUUCAGUCAUGAAGAUUCUCAAGUUUGCCAUUCCUGCCAUUGGUGUGUGGUUAUGCGGGCCUCUGCUUUCCUUGAUUGAUACUUCUGCAGUCGGUCUUUUUUCAGGGACUGUGCAACAGGCAGCCCUAAACCCGGCAGUGGCAGUGACUGAUUACGCAGCGCUUCUUAUUGCAUUCAUGUACACGGGGACCACCAAUCUGGUUGCUGCUGCACAAGAAAGCGAUAGAACUACGGCUGACAAGCCAUCUACCACAAAGACACUAGUCGGAGCCAUGCAACUCAGUACCUACGUCGGAGCCGGACUUGGAGCCAUUCUCUUUACAUUUGCACGUCCUUUGUUGCGAGCAAUCAUUGGAAACGACUCGAUCAGUCCUGCUGUCUUUUCCGCUGCUAUGAAGUACGUGCGCAUCCGUGCACUCGGCAUGCCGGCAGCUGCCAUUAUUGGAAGCACGCAAGCAGCCUGUUUGGGAAUGCAAGAUAUUAAGAGCCCUUUGUACGUUCUCGUUGCCGCAGCGGUUGCAAACUUUCUUGGAGAUGCCUUCUUUGUGGGUAGCAGUAAUCCUUGGAUAGGCGGUGCGGCUGGUGCUGCAUGGGCCACUGUCUUUUCGCAAUACGUUGGAGUCGCCAUGUUUGUUCGAUGGUUGUCGCACAAGCCAGGAAAGAAGCCAGCGGUCAUGAACUUGUCAAAUGCCAUUCUGGAAAUGACUGGAGAACCAAGCACGGAUGAAGGUCAACGCAGACAGCGAGGCUUUCAAGAAUCCUUGAAGCAAUUCUCACUGAAAACUCACAUCAAAAGGUCUCGAUUGCCCAAGCUUUUGUCCAAGUUGCGCCCCAAUAAGUCCACCGCGAACAAGACUGCAUCCUCCAACGAAAGCUUUUCUGCUCGUGGAUUCUUGCAAAACAAGUUUGUAGCAAGAGAUUUAUUGAAGCCACCAUCGAAAGAGACCAGAACCAAGUUCACACCCUAUUUGGUCCCAGUAACUACAACGCAAGUUGGUCGUGUCUCGGGCUAUGUUGCCAUGAGUCACGUGGUUGCUUCCUCCCUAGGUACUGUCAGCAUGGCUGCCCAACAAGUUAUUGUCAGCCUUUUCUAUUGCCUCUGUCCGAUUGCUGACUCUCUGAGCUUGACGGCCCAGAGUUUCCUUCCAGCAAUUUCGCAGAGACCUCCCAGCAAGGAGCGAUCGGAUGCCCUGAAAAAGACAUCCAAGAGCUUUUUGAAGGCAGGAGGCGUGUUUGGUGCUGGAAUGAUGGCUGCUGUCAGCGCCAUUCCACUGCUGACUGGAUUCUUCACGGCUGAUCCUUCUGUCAUUUCACUGGUGAAUGGUGUCGUUCCGCUGUUGUUGGCUUUCUUUGGCCUUCAUGGUGUUUUGUGUAGUUCUGAAGGUUUGCUCAUGGGUCAAAAGGAUUUGGGCUUUCUUGGGAAAAUGUAUGGAGCAUACUUCUUUGCGGUCCCAUACCUCAUGUUGAAGGUCAAGGCAAAAGCCCUCGCUGGGGAUCUGUCUGUCAAUUUGAUCUCUGUUUGGAAGAUCUUCCUUGGAUAUCAAGCUGUACGCGCUGCUACUUGGCUAGGUCGGGUGUUUAUGCUUCAAAGACGAAAUGACAGAGAAGGACGUCGGGCUGAGAGCGAAGCCAUUGCGGGCAUGAUUCCACCAUAA